AUGGCCGUCGAAGCGGAAACCGCCGCCGAGGCGCGCACGAGACUUGCGUUCCAAAACCGAUGGAAGACCCUGGCGAACAACCCAAAGAUCCUCGUUAUUGCUCUUUUUGCUUCGAUCGGAGGCCUUGAAUAUGGUUUUCAACAAGGAGUCUUGGGCCAGUCCCUUGUCAUGACACGCUUCACGGACAACUUCCCAUCCGUCGUCAAGUCAUCCAGCGCCACCGGUUGGUUGACUUCUGUCCUUCAGCUGGGAGGUAUUCUUGGCUCUCUCACCGCCGGCGUCUUUGGCGAGGUCUUCUCCCGCAAGUACACCAUGUUCUCAGCCUGCAUCUGGGUCAUCCUCGGAAGUUACCUGUACACUGGAGCGAGCUACCACAAGCCGGAGCUUCUCUAUGCCGGUCGCUUCUUUACCGGCCUCGGUGUCGGCACUUUCAGUGGUGUUGCCCCCCUCUAUAACGCGGAGCUCGCCGCCCCCGAGAUGCGUGGCCUCAUGGUUUCUUUCUACCAGUUCGCUACCAUCCUAGGCAUCAUGUUGAGCUUCUGGGUCGGCUACGGCAGCAACUACAUCGGCGGCAUUGGCGAAGGCCAGUCGGACCUCGCCUGGAGACUCCCAUCCUACAUUCAGGGUAUUCCCGCCAUCUUGUUAGCCCUCGGAAUCUGGUGGCUCCCCUUCUCGCCUCGCUGGCUAGUGAAGCAGGGCCGAGACGAGGAAGCCGUCAAGACCAUUGCCUACCUCCGCAAGCUCCCUGAGGAAAACGACCUCGUCCAGGUGGAGUUCAAGGAGAUCAAAGCCGAGGCUCUUUUUGAGCAGCGCGCUUUCCAAAAGGCUUUCCCUCAACUGGCCGAGAAGGAGGAAACCAGCGUGUGGAUGCGCGAGGUUGCGCAGUACUGGCGUAUUGUCCGCGAAUGGUCCCAUUUUAAGCGUGUUGCUACUGCGUGA